AUGGAGGGAAUGAGUGGAUGGUUGUGGAAGGCUGCGCUCAUGGAAGUCCCCAGCAAACAUCACAGCCCACCAAAAUGCUCAGUUAUACUAUGGAUGCUUGCCAUAGCCAACCUCUGGAUAAUUUGCAGCAGCAGUACCCAGAAGCAAGUUCUCAUGCCAGGGUUCAGCGCCUCAGAAAUGGAUUACAUUGAUAACGAUGGGAAGUUUCUUGUCUCCAAUGGCUCUGUCUUUGGCUUUGGCUUUGUCACCAUCAGCAUGUCAGACAGCACAUCCUACAUUCUUGCAGUAGUCCACUUGGUCACCACUUCUGUUGUCUGGUCUGCUAAUGCUAACUCUCCAGUCUCUCAUUCAGACAACUUUGUGUUUGACAAGGAUGGCAAUGCCUACCUGCAGUCUGGAGGUUCCACGGUCUGGACUGCCAAUAUCUCUGGCAAGGGGGGCACCUCUAUGCAGCUGCUAGACUCGGGCAAUCUUGUAGUGUUUGGCAAGGACGGCUCUUCUCCUCUGUGGCAGAGUUUCAGCCAUCCAACAGACACACUUCUGUCUGGACAGAGCUUCGUUGAGGGGAUGAGUUUGGUGAGCCAUUCCAAUGCACAGAACAUGACCUAUACACUUCAGAUCAAAUCUGGGGACAUGUUGUUGUAUGCAGGCUUACAGAUGCCCCAACCGUACUGGUCCGCUCUGCAGGAUAACAGGAUGAUCAUCGACAAGAAUGGCAACAACAACAUAUACUCUGCAAACCUGAGUUCAGGUUCCUGGUCAUUUUAUGAUCAAUCAGGGCUCCUUCAAUCACAGCUUGUCAUUGCACAGCAGCAGGGUGAUGCUAACACCACACUGGCUGCUGUCCUCGGUGAUGAUGGUUUGAUUAACUUCUAUAUGCUCCAGAGUGUGAAUGGCAAGAGUGCUCUUCCUAUCACAGUUCCACAGGACUCAUGUGACAUGCCUGCCCACUGCAAGCCGUACUCCAUUUGCAACAGUGGGACAGGGUGCCAGUGUCCUUCAGCCCUCAGCUCCUAUGCAAACUGCGACCCUGGCAUCAUAUCACCAUGCAACUCAAAGGACAAGUUUGAGCUGGUUCAACUGGACAGUGGUGUUGGGUAUGUCGGUGCUAGAUUCACAUCGCCUGUGCCCAAGACAAACCUCACAGGAUGCAAGAAUGCUUGCAAGGGUAACUGCUCAUGCAUUGCUGUAUUCUUCGACCAAAGUUCAGGAAAUUGCUUCCUUUUCGACCAGAUAGGAAGCUUGCAACAGAAAGAUGGAGGUAAAAGUAGUUUUGCAUCUUUCAUUAAGGUAUCAAGCAGUAAACAUGGCACAGGACAAGGUGGUAGUGACAAUGGUAGGCUCACCAUCAUAAUUGUUGUCAUUAUAGUUGGAACUUUGGCUGUCAUAGGGGUCCUUGUGUAUGUUGGUUUCUGCAUUUACCGAAGGAGUCACCAUACACCCUCGCAUGAUGAUGCUGGUUCAUCAGAAGAUGAUGGUUUCCUGCAAACUAUAUCAGGAGCACCGACACGGUAUACUUACAGGGAGCUCCAGGAUGCGACAAACAACUUCUCAGACAAGCUUGGCCAGGGAGGGUUUGGAUCUGUGUAUCUUGGUACACUGCCUGAUGGCAGACGCAUCGCUGUAAAGAAGCUAGAGGGCAUAGGACAAGGGAAGAAAGAAUUCCGUUCUGAGGUGACCAUCAUUGGCAGCAUACAUCACAUCCAUCUUGUUAAACUCCGAGGCUUUUGUGCUGAGGGAGCACACAGGCUUCUUGCAUAUGAGUACAUGGCAAAAGGGUCUCUAGAUAGAUGGAUUUUCCAAAGAAACGAGGACUCCUCCCUGCUGGACUGGGACACGAGGUUUAACAUUGCCCUUGGAACAGCCAAGGGGUUGGCAUACCUCCACCAGGACUGUGAGUCGAAGAUCAUUCACUGUGACAUCAAACCUGAGAAUGUCCUCCUUGAUGACAACUUCCUCGCGAAGGUGUCAGACUUUGGCCUCGCCAAGUUAAUGACCAGGGAGCAGAGCCAUGUGUUCACGACACUCAGAGGCACGCGGGGCUACCUUGCACCUGAAUGGAUCACCAACUAUGCCAUCUCAGAGAAGAGCGACGUGUACAGCUACGGGAUGGUUCUCCUUGAGAUAAUCAGCGGGAGGAAGAGCUAUGAUCCUGUGGAAGGCUCGGAGAAAGCUCACUUCCCCUCCUAUGCUUUUAAGAAGCUGGAAGAAGGCGAUCUCCGCGAUAUCCCCGACUCCAAGCUAAAAUACAAGGACCAGGAUAACCGAGUUGAGAUGGCAAUCAAGGUGGCCCUGUGGUGCAUUCAGGAGGACUUCUAUCAGAGGCCAUCCAUGUCGAAGGUUGUCCAGAUGCUGGAAGGCGUCUGCGAUGUGCCCCAGCCACCAAUAUCUUCGCAUAUUGGAUACCGGCUGUACGCGAAUGCCUUCAAAUCUAGCAGCGAAGAGGGCACGUCAUCUGGGAUGUCAGACUACAAUAGUGAUGCUUUGCUUUCUGCUGUGCGGCUCUCUGGGCCCAGGUGA